AUAAAAUAAAAUAGCAAAAAAAUAUGAAUGAUAUUUAUACGCAGAAUUCAAACUCGGCACGCAUUUGUAUAUUCAAUUAGCGUAACUCAAAUACAUAAUGACUCCAGAGGAGACUUCUUCAAUUCAAUUAAACAAUUGUGUACCAAUCAAUAAUAAAUUAUUAACCACCACUGCUUCUAAACCAAUACAAAACGGUACACAUUGUGGCAUUUUAUCAGCAGUUGACUCAAAUUUAAUUGAAGUAUCGCAAAUGGGUGAACCUAACGCGCCCGACGCUGUAAGCAGCAAAGAACCGUACAAAACAUUUGGUUGGGGAAAAUUUCGACCAAAAUGUUUACAACGUUUUUGCAGCGCAAAAUGGGCACUUUUCUGGCUAUGUUGGGGUGGUGCCAUGCAAGGACUCAUUGUCAAUGGCUUCAUUAAUGUUGUAAUUACGACAAUCGAGCGAAGAUUUGGACUACGUUCGCGUCAAACGGGUCUUGUAGCAAGCGGCUACGACAUUGCCUCUUUCGUUUGCCUGGUACCCGUAACCUACUUCGGUGGACGCGUGGGGGCAUCAAAACCCAAAAUCGUGGCAUGGGGUGUCAUCUUAAUGGGCAUUGGAUCGCUGACAUUUGCUUUGCCACACUUCUUAGUGAGCAGCUAUUCGGCAACGAUGAGCGAUAGUAAUGUUUGUCAGAGGAGUGAUGCAAAUGCCACCGCUUAUGAGUCCUGCAGCCACGGCGCGGAUACCGCAGGAUUGGCGGAGAAGGAGAAUCUUACUUGGACAGUUUGGUUGUUCUUUUUGGCACAGUUGCUUCACGGCUCGGGUGCCUCACCACUCUUCACACUCGGCGUCACAUAUAUCGAUGAGAAUGUCUCAAAGAAGAUGUCCUCUGUGUAUUUGGGUAUCUACUAUACCAUGGCGAUAAUUGGGCCCGCUGUUGGUUACGUGCUUGGUGGGCAGCUUUUACUGAUUUACACUGAAUUCAUGACUGUGGAUGCCGCAGACUUGACCAUUACGAGCUCCAGCAAAGUUUGGAUUGGCGCCUGGUGGGUCGGCUUCGUUUUUGCUGCCGCUGCCUGCAUUCUACUCUCCAUACCGAUAUUUGGUUUUCCAACUUCACUGCCUGGCGCCGAACAACUGCAACAACAAAAGGUGUCUGAGGCCUACAAUGCCGAUAGCAAUAAGACUGAACAAUCGUUUACAAAAUUAAAAGAACUGCCAAAUGCUUUGAUUACAUUACUGAAGAACCCAACAUUUUUCUGUCUCAACUUGGCUGGCGCCACCGAGGGAUUGGUAAUUGCCGGCUUUGCUGCUUUUCUACCUAAACAAAUCGAGAAUCAAUUCAGUAUCUCACCAGUUUGGUCGGCGCUCUUGAUGGGUCUUAUUACAGUGCCAGCCGGUGGUGGUGGUACAUUUCUGGGUGGCUAUCUUAUAAAAAAAUGGAACUUGUCCUGCUCACAAAUUAUAAAAAUGUGUUUAAUAAUGACAACGAUUUCGGCGUGUUUCACAUCUUGCUUUUUACUGUCUUGCCCCAAUCUGGGUUUCGCUGGCGUAACUACACAAUAUCGGGAAGCAAUAAGGCUCAAGGUUGGCAAAGAAAUGCAGCAAAAUUUUACGGAUAAUGUUGAAAGAUCGUAUCUGGGUACAGAGCUGCAAUCAACAUGUAAUAUGGAAUGUGGAUGCAGCAAGAUGAAUUAUGAACCGAUUUGCGGCACGGAUGGUAUUCUCUACUAUAGUCCAUGCUUCGCGGGCUGCCAGAAGGAAUACAAUAUGAAUCAAGUUAAAACCUAUUCGAAUUGCUCCUGCAUCGAUAAGAAAAAUGAUGACAAAAGCAGCGCUAGUAUGCGUCCAGAUGCCACCAAUAAGAUGUGCGAGUCUACAUGCGAGUAUUUGCCAUAUUUUGUUAGCUUGUGUUUCGUGCUAAUGCUGUUCACCUUUCUAUCGACCAUGCCAGCAUUGUCGGCUACUUUGAGAUGUGUUCACGAUGACCAGCGUUCUUUUGCUCUGGGUAUCCAAUGGAUAAAGGUGCGUCUAUUGGGCACUAUACCCGCACCCAUGAUAUUCGGCACCCUCAUCGAUGAUUCGUGCAUUCUUUGGCAGGAGACAUGUGUUGUGGGCGGUGGUGCUUGUCUGGUCUAUGAUAAUAAUAAUAUGGCCAAGUACAUGUGGCUAUUGGCAUUGGUCGGCAAAACGUUGUCUGUCUUGUUUUUCUUUGGCGCUUUUUGGUUUUACAUCCCGCCUAAACAACAGCAGUCAACAAUUAGCAGCGGAAAUGUACAGACUGUAAAUAACAGCACUGAUAAGCAGACUUUGGCCACUGUAGCAAGCGACUGAAUCUAUGUUUGCCAAUAAACAUGCGUGUAAAUGUGUAUGGUACAUACAUGUGUAAGUAUAUAUGUAUGUAAUACAAUGCUGUGGUGAUACAUACACGCGUUGUUUAGAAGUAAGAUCCAAAACAAAAAUGAAGUAGCUCCUCUUCGGCCCACUUCGUGCACCAAAGAAGAAUGAAAUGUAAACAAAACUGAUAGCUGUUCUUUAGCAAAAACAGGUGGUUAUCACUUGGCCAUAUUUAUGUAUGUAUGGAUGUGUUAAUAUGUAAACAAAAGCUGCCAGCUGAUUACAGGCAAGGCUAAAAAAAACACUUAAAAGUAAUAUUUAAUUUUUCUAGGUUUUUUAUAGUCGUAAGAUAUGAAAUAUGC